UUCCCCAACCCCGCAACACAUUUGUUGUCGAAGUCAAAGUGAUCCAGACCAUGUGGGUGAAAACACACAAUUUACCGGCUGUAACUUCAUGAAUAUACCGCAACAAUGACAUUAAUUUGUGUGUCUUAGAGACGGGCAUCCUUUUGUCUCACUUGAGAACAGGAUAACGGUAACAAUAUCGUUAUUUAAAAUUCAAAAUUUCUUUAUUGGCCAACUGCAUCCUGUCGAGGUUAAGUUGUGUUGUGAGACUAACAAAUAUCCAAGUACUUGGGUGGCACUAAGAUGGCAAAAGAUGAUGGCGGAAUCCCAGAUGAUAAAAAGAAAUCUCAUCGUGAGAGGCGUGCAGGACGUAAAGCUGAGAAAAAGAAGAAUAAGACCAAGGGAAAUGGUGUUGAUAAACCAGAGGAUGGUAAAGUGAAAUUUCGUGAUAGGCCUGACAAGGAACGAAAUCCAAAGGCAUUUGCUCUCAACUCUACCCUCAGAACAGAACGACGCUUCAGACGAGGUCAGGACCUUCAGACCAAGAAGCAGCAUAUUCCAUUGGUUGACCGAGCUCCACUUCAACCUCCACCAGUCAUGAUUGCUGUAGUGGGACCCCCUAAAGUGGGAAAGACCACAUUGAUCCACGCUAUCAUAAGAAACUUCACACGUCAACCACUUUCAGAGAUUAAAGGGCCUGUCACUAUAGUUUCUGGGAAAAAGCGUCGAUUAACAAUUAUGGAGUGCAACAAUGAUAUAAACUGUAUGAUUGACUUAGCAAAGGUCGCUGAUAUAGUUCUCCUGAUGAUAGAUGCCUCUUUUGGGUUUGAGAUGGAAAUCUUUGAAUUCUUGAAUAUUUGCCAGGUUCACGGUAUGCCAAGAAUAAUGGGUGUACUGACUCACUUAGAUAUGAUAAAGAAAGCAGACAAGUUAAAGAGGACCAAAAAAGAAUUGAAACACAGAUUUUGGACUGAGGUUUAUGCUGGCGCCAAGUUAUUUUACCUAUCAGGACAGAUACAUGAUCAAUAUUUAAGAACUGAAGUUAAGAAUUUGGGAAGAUUCAUAUCAGUAAUGAAGUUUCGACCACUGCAGUGGCGCUCCACUCAUCCAUACUUAGUUGCUGAUCGUAUGGAAGAUGUCACUCCACCUGAACAAAUACGAUUGAACCCCAAGGUUGAUCGUUCUGUUUGCUUGUAUGGGUACAUGAGGGGAAUUCCUCUCAAUAAGAAAAGUAUGGUCCAUGUUCCAGGCUGUGGAGAUUUACGCAUUGCUGAUGUGUCAUUUUUGCCGGAUCCAUGCCCAUUGCCUGAGACAGUAAAGAAACGUACCCUAGGAGAAAAAGACAAAUUAAUUUAUGCUCCAUUUUCUGGUGUGGGGGGUAUUGUUUAUGACAAGGAUGCUGUAUAUGUUGAUUUGGGAGGCAGUCACUCCCAUUCUAACAAGAAUGACAAUGAAGACCGGCAUGCCCAACGAGAGCUUGUUAGUAAUAUACUUCAAACCCAAGAAACUCUUGAUGAAAAAAUGAAACAUAGUGAAUUGCAGCUGUUUAGUAAUGCAAAGCCCAUAACAGGAGACCAAUUGGAGCAACCUAAUACCACGGGUCGCCAGUUUGAAGUCGUAACUGAUGAAACUGGAAGAGAACGUCGAAGAGUUUUAUUUCCUGUUGAUGUUGGUGAAAGUGAUGAUGAUGAUGAUGACGACGAAGAUGAUGGAGAUGACGAAGGUGAUGAAGAUUCCCCAGACAACCAACUGGAUCUAGAUGAUGAAGAAGGAGUUGAUGAUGGUGAUAUCACGGAAGAUAGUGAAAAUGAAAUCGAAUCAAUUGUGAAAGAUGGGAAAAAUCGCAAGAAAAGAAAGAAUGCACGGACUAUUGGUGAAGAUUUUGGAUUGGAGAGUGAUGAGGACACCAAGCAAGAAAAUGAUGAGGUUACACUCUCUAAGAAAAGAAAAGUUCCGAAAGGACAAACAUCUUUGCUAGAAAAACCUUCCAAAAAGAUCAAGAAAUCCCAUGAAGAUAAUGAAGAUAACAGUGAUGAAGAAAUUGUGUUUAAUGAUGGGAAGAAAAUUCGCCCUAUCAAAGAGAGUGACGUGCUGUAUACCAAGCUCAGCCAAGACAGAGGAUCUGACAUAAGAAGUAAAAUUGCUGAUGCCUUGUCCAUGCUGGAAAAAGGAGGAAAUGAUAAACCUUCUGCUGUCUUUUCUGAUGAAGAGGAAGACUGGUCACAGAGUAGCAAUGAUGAAAAGGGCGAUGACAGUGAAAGUGAGAGUGAUUUUGGUGGAGAUUCUGACUUAACUGAGGAUGAAGAUGAAAGUGAUGGAAGUGUCCAUAGCAAUGAUGAAGAGCAGCCUCCAUCUUCUAGUGCAAAUGGCUCUGCAGCUUUAGCAGAGGAAGAUGCCAUCCGCUGGAAAUCAAAUCUUCAACAGAAGGCAGCUGAUGCAUUCAUUGAAAGACAAGCCAGCACUCAAAAUUUGUGGAAAAUGGUCUAUGGAAAAAUAAAUGAAGUGAAGAAAGAUGAAUCUGAGUCAGAUAGUGAAGAAGUUGGUGGUCUUUUCCGAGUUGUAAGCCGAAAGCAACACCAGCGCCAAGAAUCAAGAAACACAUGUAAUGCUGAGGAUUGCUCCCGCUUUCCUCUAAAUUUAGUUAGAGAUUGGAGUCAACAAGAUGUGCGAGACUUGAUUCGUGAUUGCUUUGUUACUGGUAAAUGGAAAGAAUCAGAAGAUGCUGAGGAGCUACUGAGACUAGAUGAUGCUAGUGAUGGAGAUGAUGAAAUGUUUGGUGAUUUUGAGGAUUUGGAAACUGGAGAGAAGUUUGGUAGCUCCAAAAAAGGGGACGGUCUUGAAGAGGAUGGAGAUGGUGAGGAUAAAGUUUUAGAUUCUAAGAAGCCAAGCAAACCUAUGAGUAAAAAAGAAAUAAUGGACAAAAAAAUGAAGUUAAAAGAAAGGUUUAAUGCAGAAUAUGAUGAGCAGGAGGGAGGUAAAUCUUUCUAUGAUGAACUGAAGGCUGAAGUCAAUCAGCAAGCUCAGCUAAAUAAAUCAGAAUUUGAAGGGUUGGAUGAUGAACUGCGUGUCCAGCUUGAAGGUUUCAGGGCCGGCAUGUAUGUUAGAAUUGAGUUAGCUCAAGUUCCAUGUGAACUUGUCCAACAUUUUGACCCUGCUUAUCCUUUGGUAGUAGGAGGUCUCCUCACUGGCGAGGAAAACAUAGGAUUUGUGCAGGUGCGAAUGAAAAAGCAUCGGUGGUAUAAACGAAUUCUCAAAAAUCGGGAUCCAUUAAUUAUAUCAAUGGGAUGGAGAAGAUUCCAGAGUUUGCCUGUUUUUGCCAAACAAGAAGACAAUAUGCGACAAAGAAUGCUCAAAUACACUCCAGAGCAUGUUGCGUGCAUGGGGCAUUUUUGGGGUCCUAUAACUCCUCAAACAACUGGAUUUUUAGCUCUUCAAGAUGUUGCCUCAAGAGCUGCUGGAUUUAGAAUAGCAGCCACUGGGGUUGUUGUAGAGCAAGACAAGACCACCCAAAUCACAAAGAAAUUAAAGCUGACUGGUGUUCCUAUGAAAAUAUACAAGAAGACUGCUUUCAUUAAAGAUAUGUUUACAUCUUCUCUUGAAGUUGCACGUUUUGAAGGAGCCAAAAUUAAAACAGUUUCAGGAAUAAGAGGUCAAAUUAAAAAAGCCUGUACCAAACCAGAAGGUGUAUUUAGGGCUACAUUUGAGGACAAAAUCCAACUUAGUGAUAUUGUAUUUUGCCGCACAUGGUACAAGGUGGAUGUGCCACAGCUGUACAAUCCUGUCACAUCAUUAUUACUUCCGCCUGAAAAGAAAAAUGAAUGGCAGGGCAUGAAAACUACUGGACAGCUUAAGAGGGAACGUGGAAUCCGAGGAGAUGCUAAUAAGGACAGUCAGUAUACUCCAAUUACACGUGAGCCGAAGGUGUUCAGACCCUUAGUCAUUCCCCGAGCAUUGCAGAAAGAACUCCCAUAUCGUGAUAAACCUAAACACAAGCAUGAGGCUGGUCCUAGUAUAGAGAGUCAGCGUAUAGCUGUUGUCAGAGAAGCACACGAGCAGAAGGUUGAUAAUCUGAUGACUAUGUUGAGAACUAAUUAUGGACAUAAGCAACAACUGGCCAAGAAGGCAACCAGUGCCCGAAUAGAAGAACUCAAAAAGAAGAAAGAAAUUGAAGAGUACGGGAAGGAACGGCGCCAGAAGGUGCUUAAACGUGAAGUUUUUAAGACUCUUACCAAAAUGCAGAAAGUUGAAGAGAAGAGAGCUGCCAAAGGGGGGAAAGGAGGGAAAAAGGGGAAAAGAUAGGCAAACAUGAUCUAGUAUAUUUAUGUAAUUAUCUGCCGCCAAUCAAUCGACAACUGUACUAUUUUCAGAACUGUGCUCAUAUAUGUUCGUGGUAACAUAGUGUAUAAUUUUUCUGUCUGUGUUAUGUGGUCUUGCGACUUCCUGAAAUAAUAAUUCCUUUGCAAAGGAA